AUGGAGCUGGUGAGCAGGCAGGACCCCCACCUCCGAGAGGUCGUGUGGUUUGCGGUGUGCUGCAGAGCCCUGACGCUUCUGCUGCAGGCUCUGUUUAACCUCCUGAUCCCAGAUCACGCUGCAGACGCCUUCUCUCCCCCUCGCCUGUCCGAGCCUGGCCUGUGGGACCUGCUGUUGGAGCGGCUGCUGGGAGGCCUCUCGCACUGGGAUGCAGAGCACUUCCUCUUCAUCGCCGAGCGCGGUUACCUGUACGAGCACAACUGCGCCUUCUUCCCGCUGUACCCCCUGAGCGUGCGUGCCGUGGCUGAGGGUGCUCUGUGGCCCUUGCAGCGGCUGCUGGGUUUGAGGAGCCGCCUCCUGCUCUCAGCCGUACUUCUUAAUUCUCUCUUUUCCAUCCUGGCAGCCGCUGUCCUGUAUAAGCUGGGCUGCGUCGUGCUGCAGUGUCGUAGGGUGGCUUUCCUUGCUGCCGUUCUCUUUUCUGUCAGCCCUGCCAAUGUAUUUAUGGCAGCUGCUUACUCAGAGAGCAUGUUUGCCUUCCUGGCAUUCAGUGCCAUGUGGCAACUGGAGAAGGGGCAGAGCUGGCUCAGUGGACUGCUCUUCUGCCUUGCUUCUGGGGUGCGUGCCAACGGGCUUAUUAACGCUGGCUUCUUUCUCUACUCCCGCGGUAAAUGCUUUGCCUUCCAGCUCCAGGUGGGUUCAGGAUCGGUAAGGAAGCUCCCUCCGUUCUGGAAGGAACUCCUUAGCGUUGCAUCUUCAGCGGUUCUGAUGUGUGCUGUCAUUUUUCUACCUUUUGCUUUAUUUCAGUAUUAUGCCUACGUGAGGUUCUGUGGUCCUGGCACCAGCCUGGAGCAGACUGUCCCCAAGCCGCUGCUGCAGCUGGCUCUGGACAAGGGUUAUCGUCUGGCGGCCACGAACGGGGUUAAACCCCCUUGGUGCUUCCAGCGAUUCCCCGUGGUCUAUUCCUAUAUUCAAGAUGCUUACUGGAAUGUGGGCUUUCUAAGGUAUUUUGAGCUCAGGCAGAUACCAAAUUUCUUGCUUGCUUUGCCUGUCACGCUCCUGGGCUCGUGGGCUACCUGGACCUACAUCAUUGCGAAUCCCCGGCACUGCCUAACUCUUGGUCUAGAGAGAAGAAAGAGUGAAGAAGAGGGUAAGCCAAGAGUUGGAUUUUGCUGCCCCGCUGUCUUCGUGUAUGUGGUCCAUGCCACGGUCCUGCUGGUGUUUGGAUUCCUCUGCAUGCACGUGCAGGUGCUGACCCGGUUCCUUGGCUCCUCUUCUCCUGUCCUGUACUGGUUCACUGCUCACCUGCUUCAAGAAUACGAACCUUUGCUCUGGAGCGAAGGGAUUGAUAAUCAAACCGCGGCACCUCGCUCCGAGAAGUCUCUUCUAGAGAAAUCUGGUUCCUGUGGGCGAGGGACUUCUGAAAACCCCGUUGUGAGGCUGCUGCUGGACUGUAGAUUAAUCACCCCCCUCAGCAAAUGCAUUCUUGGAUUUUUCCUGUCCUACUGGCUGCUGGGACUGGUUCUGCACUGCAACUUCUUGCCGUGGACGUAG